GGCCCGUGGCGGCUGCCGGGGCUUUUUUAGAACGGAAAACAUACAGGAAUUGUCAAUGUGCAGCGGCUCGCUGAUGGGAAGAGCUCCGGGGAAAUGAUUAGAUUCACUCCAGUUAAAGACGGUGACAUUCGUUUGAUUUUAAAAUAAAUUAAAUAGAAAAAGAUGUCGGAGUGUGGCGCGCGCCGUGCUGCGUGUUGUGCGGAGCGGGGACUGGGCUGUGGAAAGCGACCGUAGCGCUGCUUUUCUUCUUUUUCUUUUCUUUUUUUUUUUUUUUUUUUUUUUUUUUUAAUUAACCGCCGAUGAUUUCAGACAGCGACUUGCUGAAGGACAGCGUCGAUAAAUCGCAAGGAUGAAAUUUACCGAGCAUUUGGCGGCUCACAUCACUCCGGAGUGGAGGAAACAGUACAUCCAGUAUGAGGCUUUUAAGGAGAUGCUGUACUCCGCCCAGGACCAGGCUCCAUCGAUUGAGGUCACAGACGAAGACACGGUUAAGAGAUACUACGCCAAGUUCGAGGAGAAGUUCUUCCAAACAUGCGAGAAGGAGCUGGCCAAAAUCAACACGUUUUAUUCAGAGAAACUGGCCGAGGCUCAGCGGCGCUUCGCCACGUUGCAGAACGAGCUGCAGUCGUCUCUGGACGCCCAGCGCGAAAGCAGCCGAGCCCCGGGCCUGCGGCCUCGCCGCCGUGCCGUCUUCCACCUGUCCCAGCAGGAGCGCUGCAAACACCGCAACAUCAAGGACCUGCAGCUGGCCUUCAGCGAGUUCUACCUCAGCCUCAUCCUGCUGCAGAACUACCAGAACCUGAACUUCACCGGUUUCCGGAAGAUUCUGAAGAAGCAUGAUAAGAUCUUUGAGACGGCGCGAGGGGCCGACUGGCGGGUCGCUCACGUCGAGGUGGCGCCCUUCUACACCUGCAAGAAGAUCACUCAGCUCAUUUCUGAGACAGAGACUCUGGUUACCACUGAACUGGAAGGCGGCGACAGACAGAAAGCCAUGAAAAGGCUUCGAGUGCCUCCUUUAGGUGCAGCACAGCCUGCGCCGGCGUGGACCACUUUCAGAGUCGGACUUUACUGUGGAGUCUUUAUUGUAUUAAUGGUCACCAUCAGCAUCACAGCGAUAGCAAAAGUGCUGCAAUUGUCAGAAACCCUCCCAAAGAACGUGUGGCCGCUGGUGCGGAUCUACCGGGGCGGCUUCCUGCUCAUCGAGUUCCUCUUCCUGUUGGGCAUCAACACGUACGGCUGGAGGCAGGCGGGCGUCAAUCACGUGCUCAUCUUUGAGCUGAACCCUCGCAACAACCUCUCGCACCAGCACCUGUUUGAGAUCGCAGGCUUUCUCGGCAUGCUGUGGUGUGUCAGCAUUUUGUCCUGCCUCUUCUCCGAUUCCUUAAAGAUCCCAAUUCAAGCCUGUCCUCUGGCACUGUACGGCUUCUUCCUGCUUUUCCUCAUCAACCCCUUCAAGACAUGCUACUACAAAUCCCGCUUCUGGCUCCUCAAGCUGCUGUUCCGAGUGGUCACCGCUCCGUUCCACAGAGUGGGCUUUGCUGAUUUCUGGCUGGCUGAUCAGCUCAACUCGCUGGCCGUCGUCCUCAUGGACCUGGAGUACCUGAUCUGCUUCUACAGCGUGGAGCUGAACUGGCUGAAGUCCUACGAUAACCUCGAGAUUAAUAGCGGUACGUGCAACACGUAUUCGUACGGCGUGCGAGCCGUCAUCCAGUGUCUGCCAGCCUGGUUCCGCUUCGUGCAGUGCCUGAGGCGUUACAGAGACACGAAGCGUGCCUUCCCUCACUUAGUUAACGCUGGCAAAUACUCAACCACCUUCUUCGUGGUGACUUUUGCGGCACUCUACAAGACCCACAAAGCCGACAACCAUUCAGACACGGACAUUUUCUUCUACCUGCUGAUCGCCUGCUCAAUAAUCAACUCCUGUUACACACUCAUCUGGGACCUGAAGAUGGACUGGGGUCUGUUCGACCGCAACGCUGGGGAGAACACGCUUCUCCGCGAGGAGAUCGUCUACCCACAGAAAGCUUACUAUUAUUGUGCCAUAUUAGAAGACGUGAUCUUGCGCUUUGCCUGGACCAUUCCUCUCUCACUUGGGGUACUGACUUCAUACCCCUUUAUUACCGACAUUUUGGCCACUGUUCUCGCGCCGCUGGAGGUCUUCAGACGCUUUGUGUGGAACUUUUUCCGUCUGGAGAACGAGCAUCUGAACAACUGCGGCGAGUUCCGAGCGGUGCGGGACAUCUCGGUGGCUCCGCUCAACGCCGACGACCAGACGCUGCUGGAGCAGAUGAUGGACCAGGAGGACGGCGUCAGGAACCGGCAGGGCAAGAAGAGCUGGAAGAGGAGCUACAGCAUGUCGCUGAGACGACCUCGCCUCGCCUCACAAUCAAAAAUGCGAGACACCAAAGUCCUGAUCGAGGACACGGACGACGACACCUGACCUUCGCCCUCGUCAGGAGCUCCCUCAUACCCGUGAAAUGGACCACGGUCCCGUCAGGGGCCUUAAGCCUUUUGAAGGCUCUCCAAUCAGUCCAUCACAAAGCUGCCUGUCUAUAUACACACCCACACACCCACACACACACACACACACACACACACACACACACGGUCUCAGAGAUGAAACCAAACCUGACACUUGACACACAAACCCAAUUUCCUCACUAGCACAGGAUCAGCCACUCGAUUAGUUACUGUAUUCUUCUCAAUUUCAUCGUUAUUGCCUUGAUUCUUUUCAAAGCUCUGUUAUAAAGAAAAAAAAAAGUUUAAAAAAAAAAAAAAACUGUCUAAACUUGUAAGUAUAUUCACGUACAACAGGGAUCAAAGCGUGAUAAUCAAAAAUAAGACUCUCCAGAAAUGGACAAUAUUAAGACUCGGUGUGGUUAAACACCACACCUCUGUGUAUGUAGUGUUCAUGUAGCAGUCCCUUUAGAUGUGUUAGCCAUCAUCUGUGGAUACUUCCUUUUUUUUCUUUUUUUUUUUUUUUUUUUUUUUAAUUUUUUAAGAAUGUACAUUACAUUGUUAUUUAUGUGAAGGAAAGCUGCCUUGGUCAAUUCAUUGUAAGUAGUGUUUUAAAGAUGAAAAGGUGAAGUUGGGACAUGACAUCUGCCCCAAAAAUGGACCUUGAUUGGUAGAUGUGCUUCGAAACCCUCAGGUGGCUUUGAUCGGAUUAUAAUUAAACACACCACUAGUGCAGGUGCGACAAAAAAAAAACAAAAAAAAAAAACAACCCACUGAACUACUACUUGGCUAGCUAGCCUACAUGUGACAUUCGCGUACUUUUUGUUGUCAUUUGUGAUUUUUUUUUUUUUUUUUUUUUUUUUUUUUUUAAAAGCAUGAUGCCAAUGCAAUCUGAACCAGUGCUGCUUCGUUAGAACCUGCGGGAGUUUCCAUCCCGCAGGGUUUUUAGCUAUAUGGCUCAUUCAAGAGCACGCCAAAUGGAACAUUCCACGAGAGCUUUGUCGUGAUUCGAGCAGGGAAUUAAGGCCUGGACUUUAAAUGAGCAGGUCUGCAUUAGCAAAAUGAUAAGCUGUAACGUGUUUUUCUUCUCCUUUUAGCAUCACUAGAAACCCAUCAUCUUCGUCUUCUUCUUCUUCUUCUUGAACUAGAACCUACACUGAACAUGAGCAUAUAUUUAUUUUGUAAAGCUAUCCAUCACAUUCCAGUGUGCGUGCAUUCCACAUGAGCUGAGCUCUGUCCACUUCCUUUUUUUUUUUCUCUCUUCUUUCUUUUUUUUUUUUAAAUGGAUGUCUUCCAGAGUUACAGCUAGUCCGUAAAUGCCACCUAAGGGUUUUUUUUUUUUUAAUACAAAACCAGGAAAAGUACCUGUGUUUAGUGGUCUUGUCUUGUUUGAAGAGAUUAUGGACUUUCUUUUGUUCCACUGCGAUCCAAAGCUCGGGAAAUGUCUCCAGCGCCUGUAAUAAUUGAGGAUUGUAAAGUGGCGUGCCUCAGGGCUCUGUCCUGGGUCCAGUUAAAAUGGACUGUUACAUUCCAGGAGCAACAGGAAAGGCGUAAGGUUCCCACUCCAGGGUGUUAUUGUUGUUAUUACCAUUGUGGUGCGCAGGAGCCAGGCUGCUCUUGCCCGUCAUAAACUUAGAUUCACUUCAGUGCAUCUGCAAUAAUCGGAAAGGCUCCUCUUCAAGAUAUCAUGUUGUGUCCUACUGUCCCAAGUAAAUGCUUGGACCAAAAAAAAAAAGGUUAAUUUGAAGGUUGUUUUUUUUUGUUGUUGUUGUUGUUCCUUCCUUAUUUGCUAGUCACUGCUCGUAUUUUGACUCUGACUGCCGUUACUUCUGUUCAGUCUUGUGCAUAUUGGUCACUUUAUAAUUUUCCUCCUUUUUGUUUUAUUUAAAAAGAAGAAGAAAAUUUGCAAUAUGCAUAGUGUAUUUUAACACCAUUCCAUUUACGAGUGGUGCUAGUUAACUGAAAAAUAAAACAAUGUUAAUGAUAAAACAA